AUGCGGCGGCUGUAUGUCGGUGGGUUGAGCCACAAAGUCACAGAAAAAGAUCUCAAAGACCGAUUUGGCAAGUUUGGAGAAGUGGAGGAUGUUGAGCUGCGGACCCGGAGGGACGAGGAGGGUGUUCCUUAUAAAACCUUUGGCUACAUCAACAUCAGCAUUUCUGACUCCGACCUGAAGAGAUGUAAGUUAACAAAGCCCUCCUCUUAA